GGCCCCGCCCCCUGGACCGCGGGUAACGGCGCGAGAGACCCGAGUACGGCGCGCGGCGGGGUCGCGAACAACCUAGGACUCCUGAAGCCGGCACUGCGCGCAGGAUCAGUUCCCGGUGUUCAUGCGUUUGCUCCCAGCCCAGGACUCCUGAAGUCGGCACUGCGCGCGGGGUCAGUUCCCGGUGUUCGUGCGUUUGCUCCCAGCCCAGGACUCCUGAAGCCGGCACUGCGCACAGGAUCAGUUCCCGGUGUUCGAGCGUUUGCUCCCAGCCUAGGACUCCUGAAGCCGGCACUACGCGGGACCAGUUCGAAGGUUGGAAUGGCCAGUAGCUGGGGAAGUUUCUUGCAGGAUGAGCAGCAGCUGGAGGAGCUGGCACGGCAGGCGGUGGACCGGGCCUUGGCUGAGGGAGUGUUGCUGAGGACCACACAGGAGCCCAGUUCCUCAAAUGUGGUGAGCUAUGCCCCAUUCACGCUGUUCCCCUCACUGGUCCCCAGUGCUCUGCUGGAGCAGGCCUAUGCUGUGCAGAUGGACUUCAACCUGCUGGUGGAUGCCGUCAGCCAGAAUGCUGCCUUUCUGGAGCAAACUCUUUCUAGCACCAUCAAAAGGGACACCUUUACUGCUCGUCUCUUUGAUAUCUACAAGCAAGUCCUGAAAGAGGGCAUUGCCCAGACUGUGUUCCUGGGCCUGAAUCGCUCAGACUACAUGUUCCAGCGCAACGCAGAUGGCUCCCCAGCCCUGAAACAGAUUGAAAUCAACACCAUCUCUGCCAGUUUUGGGGGCCUGGCCUCCCGGACCCCAGCUGUGCACCGACAUGUUCUCAAUGUCCUGGGUAAGACCAAAGAAGCUGCCAGGAUCCUCUCCAAUAAUCCCAGCAAGGGACUGGCCCUGGGGAUCGCCAAAGCCUGGGAGCUCUACGGCUCAGCCAAAGCUCUGGUGCUACUGAUUGCUCAGGAGAAGGAAAGGAACGUAUUUGACCAGCGUGCCAUAGAGAAUGAGCUACUGGCCAGGAACAUUCGUGUGAUCCGGCGAAGGUUUGAAGAUGUCUCUGAAAAGGGAUCUUUGGACCAAGACCGAAAGCUGUUUUUGGAUGGCCAGGAAAUUGCUGUGGUUUACUUCCGGGAUGGCUACAUGCCGAGUCAGUACAAUCAACAGAACUGGGAAGCACGCCUGCUGCUGGAGAGGUCAUGUUCUGUCAAGUGCCCAGAUAUUGCCACCCAGCUGGCUGGAACUAAGAAGGUGCAGCAGGAACUGAGCAGAGUGGGCGUGCUGGAGGUGUUGCUCCCUGACCAGCCUGAGGUUGUGGCCCGCCUCCGUGCCACCUUUGCUGGCCUGUACUCACUGGAUCUGGGUGAAGAAGGGGACCAGGCCAUCGCUGAGGCCCUUGCUGCUCCUAACCGGUUCGUGUUAAAGCCCCAGAGAGAAGGUGGAGGUAACAACCUAUACGGGGAGGAGAUGGUGCAGACCCUGGAGCGGCUGAAAGACAGCGAGGAGAGAGCCUCCUACAUCCUCAUGGAGAAGAUUGAGCCUGAGCCUUUUGGGAAUUGCCUACUACGGCCUGGAUGCCCUGUCCGAGUGGUCCAAUGUAUCUCAGAGCUGGGCAUCUUCGGUGUCUAUGUCAGGCAGGGAAAGACACUUGUGAUGAACAAGCACGUGGGACAUCUGCUUCGAACCAAAGCCACUGAACAUGCAGAUGGUGGUGUGGUAGCAGGAGUGGCAGUUCUGGACAACCCAUACCCUGUGUGAGGGCACAGCCAGGCCUGCCCAGACUUCGCUCAAGAGACCUUCUAUCCCUCAUACUUGUCAUCCCUCUCCUAGUCCUCUUGACAGGUGCUUUUCUCCUCCUACCUUUGGAGGGCUAGUCUCUUCCAGAGAAGGGUGAAUUCUGGGUUCGUCCCAUUUGAAGACCAGGAAAGCUGUAUUUCCCUUAGGUGAGAUCUAGAAGCCCCUAAAUCCUCGGGGUAUGGGUACAACUGAAAGGAAGCUGAUCAGAGGUAAGAGUCCAAUACCCUGCCACCUUCCUGUCAGCCCCUCAGCCUUUUCAGCAGGUCCCAGUGUCUGACUUAGGAUAGAACUUAGGGGUAGGAGGAGGGGGAUGGAAGGGCAUAGCCUUUCCCUACCUCUGCCUUAAAUAAAACUACAUUUCUGAUUCUGUGA